UUUCCGUUUGAAACCCCGCUACGGAACGGCCACCGUCCGUAGCGACCGCGAACUCACGGCUUCUAGGGUGUGUGUUUGUGUGUGUUGGAACGCCGUGCGGCAAGUGCCAUCAGUUUUGUGGACUGUGGUGAGACUCGUCAAGACUAUUUCGAUACUAAAGUGCGGUGUGUGUGUGUGUGCCAAAGCUAAAGCAAAGCUCUUGCCCAACAACAAAUAGGCAACAGUGAUUAAUUGUUGCUAGUGGCGCAGUGACAGCAGUCGGAUAUGCAGUUGUGCAACCACGUGCACUAUACCGAGCAAAGCAGGCUGUGAUCCGAAAGAGUGAGUGUGUGCGUGUGUGGAAAGUAAGUAGACGAACCCCCAAACGUCACAUCCACGAACCGGAAUUUCGUCAAUCCGACUUGUUGUUGCCGGCUGUCUGUCUCGGGAAUCGGAGAAUUGAAGUAAAUUUAGAACAAUUUAUUGUUCGGUGUCGGUCACAUCGAUGCGACGGUGGAAUCGUGGGCCAAUGGAGGUGAAGUGGAGCAGCGCCAUCGGGUCAGCAUUUGUGUGAGGUUCGUUUUGAUUGAUUUGACUAGUGCAUUAGUAUUCGUGUGUGUGUGUGUGUAUGUGCGUGUGAUUUUUUGAUAGUGUGACUGUACCAAAUAACCUUACCACCGUGCCUGGAGCAAGCAAACAGUUUGCAACGGCUCAUUUACAUCGGUAAUUAGACGUCCAAAACAAAGUCGUCAAGAUGACCACGUCGAACGGUGAGCUGCUCGGUUUGGCCUUCAUGGCGUUCUUCAUCAUCACGCUGUCGUCGACGGCGCGCUAUUACUUCAAGUUCUUCUGCUUCAUCGCCUUCUCGGUGGUGUGUGCCGUCGGUCCCGUGCCACUGAUGUUGUUCCGGCCCCGGGACUAUCGGAACGCGCUAAUUCCAGCGUACUUAUGCAUCGGCUUCGGUAAAAUGCUUGGAGCAUCGUUUACGGUGCGUGGCAAAGAAAACAUUCAACGAAACCAUGGUGGAGUGGUGCUGAUGAAUCACCAAAGCGCACUGGACUUGAUUGUGCUGGCUGAGCUUUGGCCCAUCAUGGGCCGGUCGACGGUGGUCGCGAAAAAGGAGGUUCUGUACAUGUUCCCGUUCGGAUUGGCCUGCUGGCUCUGGGGCACACUGUUUAUCGAUCGGCAGAACCGUGAUUCAGCCAAGAGUGUCAUCAACAAGGAAGCAAAGGCCAUCAACGAGAAACAGGCGAAGCUACUUUUCUUCCCCGAGGGAACGCGAGGCAACGGUGACAGGCUGCUACCGUUCAAGAAGGGCUCCUUCCACGUGGCCGUUGAAUCGCAAGCCUUCAUUCAACCGGUGGUCAUUUCCAAGUACCAUUUUCUAAAAUCCAACGCAAAGAUUUUCAAUCGAGGACAAAACAUUAUCAAAAUUCUUCCUGAAGUUCCUUGCGCUGGGCUAACGAAGGACGACAUUCCAGAGCUAAUGGAGCGGGUACAGAAGAUGAUGCAGCGCGAGUACGAGCAACUGUCGGAGGAAUCGCUAUCGAUUAACAAUAUUAGUGAGGUACACUAGAAGGUAUUGUGUCCAGCAGCAGCAGCACAAAAACGAAGCAUGUUAGCAUUAUGCUCCGCGCGGAUCUUCAUUAGGGUUAGGCAGAAGUGUAGAGCAGAGGCAGCGAUCGUCACCACAUCACCUCAUCAAGAAACGAGAACAACAACAACCACAACUCCUCCUUCAGCAACCGAGAGCUUAAUAGUGGCCCGUUCGUUUAUUUUUUUACUAUCUAUUUUGUAUGAAAGCCAUCCAACGAGGAAUUUCGUUGUCUGUCUCUUCCAACCAAAAAAAAAACAUCUUCUCCAUCAUCUCCUGCACUCGCGGUUCCAGGGUUUGGAGAUGUUUUCUCCCCUAUUCUUUCGUCCCCUAUCUAUCUUCCUCUCCUCAGAGACUCUAUUGUUCCUGUGUAUAGUGUAAGACAAAGAGACGCGCGUGCGCGCGAGAUCCGCCAUUAUCAAAUCAGAUCAGGGGAAAAAGAGGUUCAAAGUUUCAAGUCCAACUCGCUACGAUCAAUCAAGACACCGUGUGUGUGUGAAACAAUACUGGCUUGUAAAUAGCGUACAAGGUACAUACUUUAGCAAGAUAAGAAUUUUAUUCGAAAGAACAAAGCAAAUCCUAUAGCGUUUAGGGCAGGGAGCAGGUUCGCAUUAGUACGGUAAGCCAGGUGGAGAAGGAGAGCGAGCAGAUGAACGCACAAACCUGGGGGGGUAGAACAGUUUGUAGUACAAGCAAAGGUGUAUGCGGAUGUGACGUACACGACGCCCAAAAUGUCGUCGUACGUUAAAUGUGAUAAUACAUUAAAACGAGAUGCAAAGAUCUAA